CCUCGGGGUACUCUGCGCCGGCUGGGCCUGGCCUGUAGCUUCCCUCUCGGACCUCGUUUCACCCUGUAAAUAAACAUCAUUCGUAACAUCGUACGUGCGGGGUAAAUCUUGGACGAUCCUGGACGACCUAGCUCUACCAACUGUCCGACGGAGUAGGCGCUUGGCCGGUUUACGACCACAAGCAGCGGACAUGGCCGAUUCCGGAGGAGGCAAUGACGACCCCACCUGCGGCGGACCAGACAGCAAUCACGCAGGUCAGGCUGGCUACUGGACACCGCUGCGAGAGCCACCCACCUUUUCGGGGAAGGCCAACGAAGACGUCGACGACUGGCUUAAACACUACAACAGAGACUGCUUCAAAGGAAACUGGGAUUCUCACAAACAAGUGCAUCGAGUCGUCAAGAAUGCGAAGGCUGCUGCCAGUGUCAUGUACAAUCCGUGGCCUUCCUUUUCGUUCACCGGGAAACUGAGACCGUCCCCUCUUUCCCCAAAGCGCGAGGUUCCUGAGCACAUCAUGCGCCCUGACUAUGCAGAUCAUCCAGAUGGCAUCCCACUGAGUGAACAAGCUGCUAAGCAUUCAUCAUCCAUUAAGGUCUUGAAUGAAGAGGAGAUUGAAGGUGUUCGUCUGGCUUCUAAGCUUGCCAGAGAAGUGCUGGAUGUUGCACUUGGUGCCGCUGAGGUUGGGGUUACUACCGAUGAGCUGGACAGGCUUGUGCAUGAGGCAAGCAUCGAGCGUGACUGCUACCCAUCUCCGCUUAACUAUUACAAGUUUCCCAAGUCAUGUUGCACGUCUGUGAAUGAAGUGAUCUGCCAUGGGAUCCCCGACAUGCGGCCUCUUCAAGAUGGUGACCUUUUGAAUGUGGACAUAACAGUGUACCACCGGGGCUUCCACGGGGAUUUGAAUGAAACAGUGUUCAUCGGCAAUGUGGAUGAGAGCGGCCGCAAGCUGGUUCAGGUUACCUAUGAGUGCCUCAGCAAAGCUAUUGAAGCAGUUCAACCAGGCAUGCGGUACCGGGAGAUUGGCAAUAUCAUCCAGAAGCAUGCCCAGUCUCAUGGCUUUUCGGUUGUGCGCAGUUAUUGUGGUCAUGGCAUUCACAGAUUAUUUCACACAGCCCCUAGUGUCCCACACUAUGCUAAAAACAAAGCCAUUGGUGUGAUGAAAGCUGGCCACUGCUUCACCAUUGAACCCAUGAUAUCGGAAGGGACAUGGCAUGAUGAGGUGUGGCCUGACAACUGGACGGCAGUAACGGCAGAUGGCAAGCGCUCAGCCCAGUUUGAGCAAACACUGCUUGUGACAGACACUGGCUGUGAGAUACUGACGCGCCGGCGCACUCAUGAUGGGCAGCCCUGGUUCAUGAACAAGUGACCCUUUUCUCCACAAGGGCGGUGUGUUGGGUCCUGAAUGCCACUCCAUGAAAAUGAGAGGAGAAAUGGUUUUGCCUGUGAUUGUAAAUUCAAAUCAUGUGAUCAACCGUCACCGUGAUCUCGGAAGAUGAACUAUUUUUGCUUAGGACUAAACAACUGCCCCUGCAAGGUUUUACAGAUGAAAAAGUAAAACUUUUGAAGAGAGAGAUGAGAAGAGUGGACCUUCAGGUCUAGCAUCAGGAUUGUUGUCAAGAAAAUUACUAAUCCAUUGUUCUUGAAGCCUGCUUUCAUAAAAUAAAAACAGUUGAAUUCUA